ACUUUCAUUCAAUAGAGCAACACUGGCUACUUCGCGUGCGGGAUUUGUUUAUAAUUUGUAGCAAUGCAGUUCCACUUCAAAAUCGCGGACGCUGAAAGAGACAGGGACAAUGUGGCGGCACCCAGCAAUGUUGGCGCCAAUCCGCACGCCGCCCUGCAGCCGCAGCAACCUGUUGCACUGGUGGAGCCGAAGGAUGCACAGCAUGAGAUCAGACUCCAGAACAUCGUGGCCACCUUCUCGGUGAACUGUGAACUGGACCUCAAGGCAAUCAACUCGCGCACUAGGAACUCGGAAUACUCACCCAAGCGCUUCAGGGGCGUGAUUAUGCGGAUGCACUCGCCCAGGUGCACGGCCCUAAUAUUCCGGACAGGCAAGAUCAUUUGCACGGGUGCCCGCAACGAGAUCGAGGCAGACAUUGGCUCCCGGAAGUUUGCCCGCAUCCUGCAGAAGCUGGGAUUCCCCGUGAAGUUCAUGGAAUACAAGUUGCAGAACAUUGUGGCCACCGUGGACUUGCGCUUUCCAAUCCGUCUGGAGAAUCUCAACCAGGUGCAUGGCCAGUUCAGCUCCUACGAACCGGAGAUGUUUCCCGGUCUGAUCUACCGCAUGGUCAAGCCACGCAUCGUGCUCCUGAUCUUUGUCAAUGGGAAAGUUGUCUUUACGGGCGCUAAGUCGCGAAAGGACAUCAUGGACUGUCUGGAGGCAAUAUCACCUAUCCUACUAAGCUUUCGCAAGACGUAGUAGGCAAUUCGCAUCCAUGUGUUAUCGACUCUACUUUAAGAUAGUUAUUUUUCCUUUUUUGUAUAAAUUUUUAUGUCAAUGAGCAUACAUGUUUUGAGGAGAAGUUAAGCCGGGAAAAUAUUAGGAAAAUCGGCAUUUUUAUUUAGAAACGUAAAAGUAGUAAUUUUUUAUAUUUGUAUGUACCCAUUUUUUAUUUGAAAGGAGGCCGCAAACGUAGGAAUAAUACAGUCAUAUUAAAAGGUAUUAAUAAAUAUACUAAGCCACACAGGACAUAUUAAAAAAAAAAAUAUCCUUAUAAUGA